GAAAACAAAAAUCUACAGAAGCAAAUUAGUCAAAAAGCUUCAUCACCAAUCUCCACCUUUGUCUGGGCAGCUCUCUCUCUCUUUAAUUCCCUCUCUCACUCUCUAUAUAAAGUCAGUUUGACUGAGUAUCUUUUCCUCUCAGCACCAGCCUCCCUCCUCACACACACUCGUACUCUCACACACUCCCUGCAUGCGGCGGCUCGAACCCAUGAAACACUCCGCAUGAGGCGACUGGGACUCUGGAUUCUUAUGGUCCUUCAUUUUGAGUGUCCCCUCCUUCAGAGUGUGAGGGGGACGGGCUCCCCAGUGGCUACGGAUCCAGGGACUCCAUCCUCAGACCUGGUGCAAAGAAGGACUGGAAAAGACGAAGGCGUGGCCAGCUGAGGCGGACUGACAGCUGCAGCAGCUGGGAUCCAGGCCGCACCAGCGCUGAGGCUGAUCUAGAGAAGCAGCAGUCUGCCUUCGGACUGGGCGGAGGUGUAGCCAUGCGCUGCUCCACUCUGCUCGCCAUCCUUACGGGGGUGCUUCUCUACUUGGUGCUGGGAGCUGUGGUGUUUCGUGCCCUGGAGGCUCCACGGGAGGAAGGCAAGCACAUGCAGCUGCAGGACACCCUCGAGGGUUUCCUGGCAAACUUCACCUGCAUCGACAAGGACAACCUGCAUGUCCUCGUAAAGGAGGUGGAGGAGGCCGUCGGCGCCGGUGUGGAUCCUUCGAGCAAUGCUAGCUUUGUCAGCAAAUGGGAUCUGGCCAGUGCCUUUUUUUUCUCAGGGACCGUCAUCACAACCAUCGGUUUUGGAAACAUUUCCCCUAAGACAGAAGGAGGGCAGCUGUUUUGCAUUUUUUAUGCCCUGGUGGGAAUCCCAAUGUUUGGUAUCCUGCUCGCUGGAGUCGGAGACCAUCUGGGUACUGGGCUGAGGAAAGCUGUUGCCAAAAUAGAGACUCUCUUUCUGAAAUGGCGGGUCAGUCCCACCAUUGUGCGUGUGAUCUCUGCUGUCCUGUCCAUCCUGCUCGGCUGUCUGCUCUUUGUUGCGGUGCCGAUCCUGGUUUUUCAAGAGGUGGAAAAGUGGAGCCUCCUGGAGUCGGCCUACUUUGUGGUUAUCACUUUGACCACAGUGGGGUUUGGGGACUAUGUUGCAGGCGAUUCUGGAAAUGCAGGUAGCGACCACUGGUACAAGCCUUUGGUGUGGUUCUGGAUCCUUCUGGGUCUCGCAUAUUUCGCAUCAAUCCUGACCAUGAUUGGUAACUGGCUACGGGUUCUCUCUAAGAAGACCAGAGCUGAGAUGGAGGAGCUGCGCGCCCACGCCAGAAACAUCCAGAAUAUGUCAGUGGACUUUCGCAUUCCAGGAAAAAUCGAUGAUCCCUUCAAACGACGCCGGAGAAAGCGCCGCCACGGCCCUCACAGCCACAGUCACAGUGCAUCAGCCAAUGGGGGCCCUGAAGGGAAAGAAGAGCAGCAAGAGAGUCACACAGAAUCUGGAUCUUCUUCCUCCUCUUAUUCCUCUAACGAAUCAGGUUCUGGAUCAGAAUCAGACUCUCAGGCCACUCAGACGGAGCGAGUGCCUGAAGAAAAACCUGCAGAGCCUGAAAAGGAGAAGGAGGCUCCUCCCGAUCCCCACCUGUCUCAGCCUCUGGACUACUUUGGGGAGAACCUUGCGUUUAUUGAUGAGUCUUCAGACGCUCAGAGUGGGAAAGUACAUUUGGAUCCUCUGCUGGACACCACACAACCCAAACUUCGUCCACCAAAGAGGAGACGCCACAGAAGGCCUGUUCCACAGAGAAGCCCCAAAAUCAACGGGUCCAACGGUAACAAGAAGCAGCCAAAUGGAAACCCCAGACCUGUUUUAGAUCUACCACUGAAGCCUUAAGUUUAAAGCUGAUUGCAGACACUCCACUUGAUGGCACAAGUAUCAACUUGAGAGAUAUGAGAUGUUUGGAGUAUUGUUGACAGAGGAGUUCUCAUUCUGACAAUUUCUUUGUGCAUAUACACUGCUUACUCGCAGACAGUCAAGAUGAAUUGCUUAAGCCUUAGCCUCCUGUGGUUCGCAUUUAAUGCUCUUAGCAUGUGAGUUUGUAUGCCUCAAUCAAAGAAAAUGAAGUGAUUUUUAUGCUACUGUUCCCUUUACUUUGUGUGGAGUUACUGCUCUCUACUGGGCCAUGACUGAAUUGCACUACCACUCUGUCAAAAUGAGAAAACAUGCUUUUUAUUAAUCCAAAUACUGCAGCCAAAACCCAUAUAGUGAGAAACUUGGUGAUGUUAAAAAGAGGUUUCUUUGGUCUGAGACAGUCACUCCUGAAUCCUGCCAACAGUUACACGGGUACUAAUCAUGCUCUUUUUGGUAUGCAACAAGAUCAUUUUAAAACCCUGUAUACCACCACAAUAGUUGCAUUUUGAUGACCAAAUGCAUUAAUAUUACUGCGUUGCAUACAUGUAAUAAAGAUUUUUUAAAUGAAA